GCGUUUCCACGUGUGAAUAUACCAUCUACAUACUAACCUAUAGAUUCUAACUCCGUCCCUCUCAUCCGUAUCGAUCGCCUAUAAAGACCCUCACCCAAGCCUUGCGUAUACCUCGACGCUCAGUACUUUGCCUUGUGCUGUGCGUGCACUGCUACACGAAAGACCAACCACUGCUAUCAAGUCUCUUGCUCGGCGCCUUGCCGGGGCACUUUGAACAUCCCCGAAAUAGCCGGGCCCAUACCUCAUCGCACGAAACAUGUCGGGUUAUGGUUAUGCGAGUGGAGGAUACGGACAACCUCAAUAUCAAGCCAAUAACUACUACAAUGGUCCUCCACAGAGCUACACCAAUUAUCCUCCCCAAGGUCAGCCUUACUACAAUCAAGGGCCACCUGCACAGCAACCUCAGUAUGGCUACAGCCAGGCAGCUCCCCAACAACCACAGCAACACCACGGCGGCUAUCAUGAUCCUUACGGAAGGCCACCCAUGCCAACGGUAAACUCGAAUUCCUACAAUCAUGGAAACCAGCACGCCCCGCCCCCGCCGCCUACGGGUCCUCAGUCUUUCGGCCACGGUGCGCCUUCAAAUUACGCCUUUCAGUAUAGUAAUUGUACAGGUCGGAGGAAAGCUUUGCUGAUAGGAAUCAACUAUUUUGGCCAGCGGGGCCAGUUAAGAGGGUGCAUCAACGACGUCAGAAACAUGUCAUCAUAUCUUGUGCAACAUUUCGGAUACACGCGCGAGGAUAUGGUGAUCCUUACCGACGACCAGCAUAACCCGAUGAGCCAACCGACAAAGCAGAACAUCCUACGGGCAAUGCACUGGUUGGUCAAAGAUGCGAGGCCCAACGACUCGCUCUUCUUCCACUAUUCUGGUCAUGGUGGACAAACGAAAGACCUGGAUGGAGACGAGGCUGAUGGUUAUGAUGAAGUCAUCUAUCCUGUGGACUUUCGUGCCGUUGGUCACAUUACCGACGAUGAAAUGCACAGGAUUAUGGUCAAACCAUUGCCAGGUGGUGUCCGACUAACGGCCAUCUUCGAUUCCUGUCACUCUGGCACUGCUCUUGAUUUACCAUACAUCUACUCUACUCAGGGUAUGCUCAAAGAGCCCAAUUUGGCCAAGGAGGCAGGUCAAGGUCUGCUUGGCGUUAUUUCGUCCUACAGUCAAGGCGAUAUCGCUGGCGUCGCAAAGAACGUUAUGGGCUUCUUCAAGAAGGCCACUAAUGGCGAGAGUGCUCACAAUCGAACAAUGGCAACAAAAACAUCUGCGGCAGACGUCAUCAUGCUUUCUGGAAGCAGGGACGACCAGACCUCGGCCGACGCCACCAUCGCAUCCCAAGCAACCGGAGCCAUGUCCUGGGCAUUUAUCACAUCACUCAAGAAGAGACCUCAGCAAAGCUACGUUCAGCUACUGAACAGUAUCAGAGACGAGUUAGCUACACGCUAUACUCAAAAGCCACAACUGUCCUGUAGCCAUCCUCUUAACACGGAUCUCCUUUUUGUAAUGUGAUCAUGAUACAAAAGGCAAUAGAGCCGAAGCGCAUCGCCGUUGCUGAGCGCCCGGAAAUAGCCAAGCGUAAACUUGUACACAUGGACAAAUUGAAACUCAUGGAAGGAGGCCGCCAAGCUCGGAAUUUGGGGCGCACUACUGUGGUACAAUCAUGUUUGGCAUCAUGGAGUUAGGAAGUAAUUUUGAGAUUGCUUGGUAGGCCACAAAAAGGCGUUGUUUGGGACCUUAGCUUAGCCUGGCGUUGCGAAUACA